AUCUCGGUCAUUUGACUGACUUCCUCCCACCAGGCCUUGCGCCUUCCACUCCACUCCUUAUUGUAAUAAUCAAAAUAAAAGGAGAAAUUUGUUUGAAAGGAGGAUGAUAGUAAAGCCUAUGUAGUUUUGACAAUUAUUUCAGAGUUUGUUUUGUGCCAAGUGUUUCAUGAAAGUUUCCAAGGCUUAUUCCAUUUUGUGAUGUUUUUAUUUCACUAGGUAGACAGUCAUGCAUAAUAUCUCAACUGGAUCAAUAGUCUAAUAAAACCACAAUAAGAUAGGAAAUUAUUCAGUCUUGCUCAAUAGUGAUUGUAUACAAGUUACAAGUGUAUGAAGAAAAUGAAUUCCAAUAGUCAUAAUCAGUCUAGAAGAAACUCAUCUUCCUUCAGUAGACAUACAAAUAAUCAUCCCAGUCGUUCUCAUGGUCAUCCAAGGUGGACCAAUCGUUAUACCAAAGAUUAUGGUAGAGAAUAUGAUAGCAAUUUCAACCGUGGAGAAGCAUCUAAUGUUAGUGGCAGCCCAAAAGAAAACAACUUUUCUCUUGGUUAUCCAAAAUCAUCUCAAAUCAGCCCCGCAAUGAGGAAUAACCAUAUUCAUUAUACUCCUGAGAAUCCUCCGAUGCAUGGUUUUCCGAAUCACCCGAUGCAGGAAAGAAGACACUCAGUUCUGAAUAACUACGGCGAUAGAAGACACCAAAAUAGUCAUACAGACCGUAGAAGAAUCACUCCACCUCUGCAUAUCUGCGAAAAUUCUAAUGGAAUGUUGAACAAUCCUGCACCCGACGGGGGCCAUCAAAGAAAUAUCAUGGAAUUUCCACCACAUAUGCAAAGACGUCAUACUAGGGAAAUUCGUGUAAGUCCUGUCAACUUCCAACAGCACUCACCACAGUAUUAUCGGCAAGCCAGCGAUGAAAGUAUUAAAAGUGAGAGCCCAUCUCGUAAAAGGAGGCGUCUCUCUCGUUCAGGUCAUCAUAUUGAAGCUCAACCAGCAUCACCCCCUAGAAGGUCGCCAAGGCAACAUCUUCCUUCUUCUACCCACCAUUCCAUGCAGGGAAGCCCACCACUACGUCGUCCAAGGUAUAGAGAGCGAAAUGACUUUCAGCAUACUCAUCAUCAAACGUUCCUUCCAAGUCCACCACCAGUUGGACAUUCGCACCAGCAUCAGUCCCCUGUUGUAAUGGACCUCAAUCAGGUUCCGGUUACCAUUCCUCUAAACCACGAAGCAGUUUGGAGCUACACAGCAGCACCUCCCCACAUAUCUCUAUGCAACGCCCCACCCGGAGCUCCACCCCACAUGCAUAACUGUCACAUGCACAACGUCUACGCCGCCCCCCACCAGUUGUUACCUCAGCAGUUUCCUAGUUGUCUUCCACACCAAAGUUUCGGAGGUUUUCCUACAUCAAAUGCCUUAUCCAUUUCCAACCAGCACUUCCCUCACCCGCAUCUACCCACCCAGAGACCCGAUACAUUGGAGAUAGAGUUGUUGAACGACCAUCACGCCCACACGCACGCGCACUCAAAUCUGCACGGAGCCCCGCCCCUUCAUGUAUCACCGCUUCAAGUCCCCGCCCCGGCUUCAUUGUUCCUCUCGGCGGAACCCAGAGGGCAGCAGCUGGAACUAUUGCACGCUAGGGCCAGGCAGCAUCAGCACAGACCUCACACCAGACUUCACCCUCAUCCCCAAAGGUCCAGGUGGCAUCACAACCCACCCCUUAUGGCGACGCAGUAUCCAGGGUUCCUGUUACAUUUCUUGGCGAUGUUCUCCAACCAGCCGAUGUCCCCGUUCAGUCAGGCGGAUCUCAGCAGCACCGAUUCAACAGAGACCGAGAACUACGAGGCCUUACUCAAUCUGGCCGAACGUCUUGGCGAAGCCAAACCUCGUGGUCUCGGCAAACUGGAGAUCGAGUCUUUGCUCAGUUACAAGUUCAACGUUGACACACAUCAGGGAGAUCAGACUUCUUGCGUGGUCUGUAUGUGCGACUUUGAGGCGCGCCAGUUGCUCAGAGUACUGCCAUGUUCUCACGAAUUCCACGCAAAGUGUAUCGACAAGUGGCUCAGAUCCAACAGAACCUGCCCUAUCUGCAGAGGCAACGCAUCGGAUUACUUCACUAAUAAUGAAGAUUAAGGUAAUAACCAUAAUCUUAACCUUAACAUUACCAAUGAAAUUUUAGUUCUCUUCUUUGGUGCCAUCCGCUGCCAGUUAAAAUAUUGUGACUUUAUAUAAUUUGUUGUUGAAAAUGCAAUUAAUAGCUAUUUUUUGUACAUUGAUCAAGAAGAAAUUUUAAGCAAAUUUAUUUUAAUACUAAAUAUACAUUGUUUUUGAGAACUGAUGAGACAAUAUUCUUACUUGUUGUUUAUUCAUAUUGUUCAGUUUGUUCUGUAGUUAUAAUUUCAGUUGAUGAAUUGGUUAUUUUAAGGAAAAUUCCAUAGGAAAUUGGUCUCAAUGCCAUAUUGGUUCUUAUAUUCGAUUCAAUUGUUACAAUGCAAUGUUUUAGCUGAGCUUACUUCAAUAAUAGUGUAAUUUUUGUUUUACUAAUAAUCCAUUGAAAUUGUUUUCAGGAUAAUCAUAUGAAUGUUUUCAGAAAACUGUUGAAAAGUAUUUAUGCUGUUUAUUUACAUAAUUUUUUUUUACAUUGAAUUAGAGAAAACAGUUAAUCACAGCUACAUUUUUAAAAUUUGAACCAUUUAAUUCCAAAAAAUAUAAGGAUAAAAAAAGAAUCUAUUCAUAUAAUACUUCUACAGUUUCUGAAACAUUCCACCUCAUUGUUGAAUGUGAGGAUGAGGUCGCAUUAGUCAUUUUCAAGUCUUUCAUGUAUAUUAUUUUCAUAAUUUAAUUCAUACAAUUUUGUUAACAUCUUUGGUAUUGAAAGUCCAAUUCUUAUGCUUGAAGGAAACAGAUCACAUGCCAUUAAUGAAAGUUAUAUUUUCUUGAUACUACCUCUCAAAAUAUAGCGUAGUUGAAUAAUUUUAAGAAUGUUUAUCCACUUUAAUUUUAUUAUUGUACAUUAAAAAAAAAAUAAUGUUGAAAACUCAUCAAUCAAUAUGUUAGGUUAUUCUUUAUCUUUGUAUAAUGCAUCAGUGUUGAAUUCUUGGCUCUUGUCGAAAUAAAGUCUGGUAUAGUAUUAAAGUUUUAGUGUCGCUUCAUUUAGAUAGGGGAUGAAUGUAUAUUUCAAAAGUUUGCUCCUUAGCAAUGAUCAAUGUGUACUUUUCAGAAAAUCUGGCUUUAUGUAGAAUAAAUUUCCUCCUAAACUAAGCUUUUAACUAUUACACCAUCACAAUUGUCGUGUGAUUGAAAGUUAACAUUUAUUUUUAAGAUUUUGUUUGAUAUUGAAAUUGAGACUAAUAAACUCGUUGUUUGAUGUGAAUUUAAUGGUAUAUUAUAAUUUGAUAUAAGUCAUAUAUUUUUUCCUAUUUAUCUAAAUCAUGAUUUUCUCGUAAAGAAGUCUACAUAAAGUAAGAUGUUCAAAUUGAUUCCUUGAUAGCACUAAUUUUUUACUGUUCUCACAAAAUGAAAUUACAAUGAUAUGUAAUCACAAUUGUCCAAAAUAUAAAAUGCACAAAUUAUCUAUGAAAAGCAAUAAAGUUUGAAUAAUUGAUUUGUAUACAUUUUCGCAUAUUAAGCAGUGAACACAAGAUUGAAAAUUGUUAGUUAAUUUAAAAUUUUAAAGUUAUCUGAAUGAUACGAAAAUAUAUUUGUUGUCCCAAAUUUUUUAGAAUUUUAGAGGAGUAUUUUUGCAUAUUUGAGGUUUUUGUGGCUGUACCAAUGUGAAGUGAGUCAAUUAAAAACCGAAAAGGGUACGUACUCUAUCGCGCCAUACUGUACUACUGCAAAAUAUAGUAAAGCUCAAGUGUGCAAUUUGGAUGUGGGUUUAGAAACUGUUCGAUUUUUUCUGUCACUUUUUUAUCGUAAACGUAGUGCAAUGAAUAUAAUAAUUUUUUCAAUUUAUCACAUUGUAGCAAGUUUGUUAUUGUUUUAACUGAAUGUUUUUGAAAAAUGCUGUUAAUAUCAUGUCCUCUUUGUAAAUCAAUAUAAACUAUAAAACUCUUAUUUCUUUUUUCUCAGCAAUUCCAAUAAAUGUUUUCAUGUUCUCAAAAUGUGAUUGUUUAUUUUUUUACUGUGGAGUGAGUAGUUGUUGAAUUUGAUGAUUCCGAUUCUUAAGGUAAAGUCUAUCUUGAAAUGUGUGUGUAUGAAUUAAAUGUGGGUUUGAUGCAAUAUUCAUUGCACAAUAAUAUUUGAUGUAUUUUAUUAUUGUAAUUUUAUAUUGUCGAUUAGGAUUGUUUGUUUUUCAAUUAUCCUAUAUUCUGGCAUUUGGAAAUUGUCAUAUUCUGGUUUUGAAUUUAAUCUCUUAGUGCAGUUGUAUAAACUCUAUUUUCCAGUGGUUCAUUUGUUGAUCAACUUUGUUUAAUGAAUCUUUGUGCAGCUUUUGUUUGUUAAAGCACACUUGAUGUUUUCAGUAAUUUGUUUGAAAUAUGCAAAUACUCGACUUUAGAAAGUUAAUCAAUUUUUUUCUUGAAUAACUGAGCAGCUUUUUAUGGAAUUCAAUAUUGGUAAUCUCAUAUAUAUGUCCAAUUAUCCAGUAAUGUUUGUUUCGUUCAUGGUGAUAGAAUGUAGGAAAUUUCUUUUUUUUCAUAUUUUUUUGCUGAUACUUUCUCUCAUCCAACCUCUCUUUGUAGGAUAAGCACCAAUGAAAAUUCAUAGUGAGGGUAUUGGUCCAAAUAUCUGUUCUAGUAGAGCUUUAAAAAUGUGGCAAUUUUUUUUUUAAUCUCAUCAGAACUGAUUAAAACUUCACACAUAACUAUUAAUGGCAACUUUAUUUAGCUUUGAUAUAUACAAUUUGCAAUGGCCAAAAUUGAAUUUCAAGCUUAAAUAUGUGAUAUGGUCGAUAGCUCUGAUUUUGGUGAUAUGAUUUGAUAAAUAAUCAGCACUUUGCAGUACUUGAUAUAUUACUGAUCACAUCAAGUUCCGCUUUUUUAGUAAGCUUUUUUCAUUCAAAUUUUUGUCAGAUUAUUAUUUCGAGAUAAUGUUUAUACUCUACGCUUGUGGGAAUAGAGGUUCUACAAAAUUGAGAGUUUAUUGUUUGAAGAAUUUUGAAUUAUAUUCAAAUUUAAUAUUAGAUGCGAAGGUUCACUAUAGUGGAAUGGUUAAAUUAAUAAUAAAAAAAGCAAUAAUUAUAUUGAAAAAUUUUAUCUUCAUUUGAAAAAUUUUAUAAAUCCACACUAAUCCAUCAAAAUUUUAAAGAUGUUUUUUGAUAGAUUCUUUUGUAAUAAUUCUUGAAAAAAAUUAUAUUGCAAUAAUCAAGAAUACAUAUAAUUCAUUUGGGAAAAGCAAUCUAACUGCGAGUCUCAGGAGUUGUAAGACAAUAAUUAAAAUUGUACGCUUUUGGAAAGAAACAAAGAACAGAACAACCAUUUUAAAUUGAAUUAUAAAAAAAUGCAAUGACCAUAUUAAUUUUUAUUUAAAAUGGAACUAGUAGGUGAAUUAACUACUCUACUUAAUGACGACUAUUCUAUGCAUCAUAUUAAUGAACUUCUUGAAGAUCUAAUUCUUUUCCACUUCACGUCGUAAUUGAAAAAGUUUCCAAUGUACUCUCUACUUUCUCUGUGUUGACAUUCAAAGUUGGUGUACAACAAUAAACUCUCCUAUGCUUUUCAUGUUUCCUACUCCUCACAAAUUACAAAAUUAAUGUGACGAAAUAAAUAAUAGAUUAUUUAUUCAAAGUUGAUGUAAUAGGUGUGCCUUUAUAUAUAUUGUACUAUUUCAUCAUCUGCUUUUUUCUGUUCCUUUGAAUGGCCAAUCUAAUAUAGAAACGAUUUCAACUUAUUCACUUCGAUAUUUUCUAGAAGUUUUUGGAAAAUAUUGCAGUAAAAUUGUUGUAUCAGUCAAAAUGAUUAAAUAUAUCGAAACUUA